AUGGCGCAAGAAGCAGGCGACGCGGCCCCGGCACUCGAUAUGGUCAAGCUUAUCAGCGCUGAGGGCCACGAAAUUUACAUCAGCAGGAAGUGCGCCAUGGUGUCUGGUACCAUCCGUGCCAUGUUGAGUGGCCAAUUCACGGAGAGCAAGGGCGAGAUCACGUUCCCGGACAUCAGUGCCCCCAUCCUGGAGAAGGUCUCACAAUACAUGUACUACAAGACGCAGUACUCAGACAGCACGUCGCGACUGCCAGAGUUUAUCAUCGAGCCGGAGAUCGCCAUGGAGCUGCUCAUGGCAGCCAAUUACCUCGACUGCUAA